UUAUAUAGCACAGUGUGAUCGAAUCAAUAACCGUCAAUCUGUGCACACAACUUAGCCGAUUCGCUCUUAAACUUGCCUCGAUAUUUACCAUGAAGGCCCUCUUUUCAUUUCUGGUGAUCUUGCCCUUCCUGGCGUGUCUGUCCUCCUGCUUGCCGACCUCUUUCGCCAACGGCCCUGACGCCGCCGCCGCCGACCUGGUGCUCAAGAAGCUCAACCUGACCGCCGAAUCGCGACUCGGCGGCGUGCUGGUGGCCUACCUGCAGGCGCGACGCAACACCACGCGUUGGCGGCCGCGACGCAACGUGACGCAAGCGCUGAUGAACGCCAUUGGUGCUGGAAACAGGGGACCGUCCUCCAACGAGGACGACGAUUACUAUUACGACGAGGAAGAAUACCCUGACAUUGAUCUUUCGCCAGAAUCCAUUCUGAUUUACGUCCUCGAGCUCUUUGGAACAAUGAUCGGACUCACGUGGGGUGCCGUUUCGACCCUUUUUGGUUGAGAAAAGUUUAGAUUAAUUUUCUCAAACUUAAAAUAAAUAAGGCUGUGAUAGUUCAAAAUAAUUUUAGGAAUAUAAAAACUGCAAGUUAAUUGUGCAGAACUUAAUAUUUUUUAUAAUUCAAUUGCCAAAAUUCUUCAAAAUAUUUCUAUUGAAACGGUUGGAAGAAAAUUAGAUUAUGAAAUUAGUCAACAUUCAAUCAUCAACAUUUUUGCUUUAAAUUAUAAUUUUUUUUUAAGUCUUGUUCUUUUUGAUUUUGUAUUUUAUAAAGAAGUCUCAACUCAAGUAAAAUUAUUACUGACUAAAUUUUUACUUAAUGAGCUUCCCGGUUUACUUAUUUGCUGUUUCAAUUUAAUAUUUUCACCUCUCUGGGAAACAGUGUAAAUACUUACGUUGGUUUACUCCAUUUACAGAAUUGGAAUAAAAACGUGUGUUAUGUUGUGCCUUGAAUGUGUGCCUUGUGCAGAUGAUACUACUUGUAUGAUGUCUGUUUUAUCUCACCAAUUUAAAAUAAAUAGGUCUCGGCGCCUGCAUAACCGAGAGGCCUUGCGCAAUCAUGUGGGCAAUAAAAACACUUCCCAUCUCAUCGAAACACGCAUUUU